AGGUUCACAAUGGAUCAACAGCCUUAUGGUUGAGGAGUAAAUAACCUGGUUGUGUAGGACUUGAGGCUCCUGUAGCACCUCCCUGAAUGCAGCAGCAAGUCAGGAGCAUGGUCUGGAUGCUGGAGGUCCUUGAUGGAUGCUGAUUUCCUGCGACAACGCUAAGGCCAAGAUGAAUUCAACACACGCCCAUGUUGGGGAGAGUGCCAGCUUCCAAUUCAAAGAUUCCUUAACUAAUUGUCUGCAGGCUAAGCGAGAUCUUGAAACAGCCAUCAACAAUAUCAUUCAGGCUGAAAAGGAAAUAAAAGCAAACAGCAAUGAGGUAAAAUUCCAAAUUCAUAGUUGUAUCAGCCGUCAUAUGGAGUGCCUGCGGAGUAGGGAGGUUUGUCUCUUGGAGCAGAUUGACCUUGUUCAACAGCUGAAGGAGGAAUCCCUGCAGCAGCAAACUCAGCAGCUCUAUUGGCUGCUUGGUCAAUUCAAUUGCCUUAUUCAUCAAUUGGAAUAUCCCCAGAAUAGCCAUCCAACAAGUGAAGUUACAGCCUGCCUGGAGAGAUUGAGGAACCUGGCCCUAAAACCAGAAGAAUCUCCAAUCCUGAAUUUUGAAGCUGAUGUCCCUUCACUCCGCCAAGCCAUUACAAGCUUUGGGGCCAUUAAAACUCCGGGUUCAGAAAAGGACUGCAAGAGUACUUGUGGCAUGUCAGUUGAUCUGGAUUACUGCUUUGUACCAAUGCUAGCAAAGAAAACAUUCCCCAAUGGUAAUGAAUGCCCGCUCGCUGACUGGCUGUGUAGCCCUCCAGUGAAGCGGGUGCCAUUCAUAAACAUAAACUAUCCACUGAAGCCGCCCAGCCAGACAGCAUCAAAUGUUCGAGCUUGGGAAUGUCAACAGGGCCUUGACCACUCGCUGUCUUUAAGUAACCAAAAGAGCAAUCCAGCUGAGAACACUGCUACUCAACAAUCCACCCAGACCACCAGCAUCUGUAAUCUGGUACCAAAGGACCCAGACUACUACAGAGAGCAGGCUUGGGGUGAUCGACGGGGUCUUGAGCACUGGCUGCUUACUAGCGAGCUGAAGAAUGAAGCUGCAGAGAAGAAUGAAACUGCAGAGAAGAAAACUUCACAACAGUGCAUGAGUUCUGCCCGUGAGGUCCAAGUUGAUCUUAAUUACUAUAAAUUACAGGCUUGGAGGCAUCGUCAGGGCCUUGAGCACUGGCUUCUUCCUGUUGAGCAGAAAUCCAAACCUGGCAAGGAAGUUCCUACACGUGAGCGUUCUGAAUCAUCUGGUAGUUCUUCCAGUUUUGAGUUAAUAGAGCAAUUUGAUAUGGAGAUUGUGGACCAAGAUGAGAAAGAACCGAGGGCACUCACUGGAAAAAUGAGUGGCUCCAAUUUGAAGCGCACACAUGCUGAAAAAUUGAGUGGCAGCAAUGACGAAGAUGAGUGGAAAUCCAUAACUCGGCCUUUCAGAGAGAAGUUUAAUGCCAGUGAGUGGCUUAUGUCUAGCAAGUCUGAUUCCUGUGUCAGUUGCUGUGGAGUUAAAACAAAAGGAAUAGAAAUCGAAAAUCUUGGAAAUUUGAAGUGCCUGAGUGAGCACCACAAUUCCAAAAAGUCACCGCCUCCUUCACCAAAUGCUGCUCGGCGAGUUCAGCAAUCCAUGUUGCCAAUUCAAGUGGCUGAUGUCUGUAAGGCUAAUGAGCAAUGCAGUAGCUUCUCUGAAUGUGUGUGUGGACGGAGUUGUGAAAAGGAAGCAAUCAAUGAGUGGCUUCUCAAACAAGGAGGGAAGGACAAGAAUGGAGUGCAGACAGACCAGCCGAACAAAAGUAUUACAGCACCAGAGAAGGUCGAAUUAGAGCAGUGGCUGUAUCCCUUGUCAAAAUCAGAAAGACAGCUACUUACAGAGUCUUCUGUCAAUAUUCCUGUAAAGUCACUGGAAGACUUGAAGUUAGGCUCUCCAUUCAACACUCGUAUGAGUCAAGUGGAUAAGUUGAUGUCCAAAAAAUACGAGGAUACUGAGAAAGGAGCUGAGCUUGAAGUGGAAAAUAAAUUUUUGUUACACAAGAAAACCCAUGGAUUGAAUGGUAUCUCUGAAGUGUCCAAUCUUGUAUCUAAUCUGAGCCUUUCUGCUGGUCGAGAGAAGCUUCUGGUGAAGGAUCAACCUAAGUCGUUUGAAAGUUUGCUUGCGCCCUUUAAGGAGCCUUUUGAUCCAGAGAAAUGGCUCGUUAAAGGUUCUCACCAGUUCAGGCUCGGGAAAAAGAUUGAACAAGGCCCAAAGGAAGCUCGUACUCCAGAGCUUAGUGGAGUGUGUUGAUUGUAAGAAAUGACCAGACAUGGAGUCUCUGUUAGCUUUGAACCAUCCGUGCUACAGAUGAAUUGAUUGACUGGCUUUUAUUCUGGAGUGACAUCAGACACAUUUACCACCUCAGAUUAUGCUGAAUUCUUUGCUUCUGCCUUGAA